UAAUUUUUGACAGUCCAACAUGAGAAUCUUGGUUACUGGAGGAGCUGGAUUCAUUGGUUCUCACCUGGUUGACAGAUUAAUGGAAAAUGAAAAGAAUGAGGUUAUUGUUGUUGAUAACUACUUCACUGGCUCCAAGGACAAUCUUAAAAAAUGGAUUGGUCAUCCCAGAUUUGAGCUUAUUCGUCAUGAUGUCACUGAAACAUUGUUGGUUGAGGUUGAUCGGAUAUACCAUCUUGCAUGCCCAGCUUCUCCAAUUUUCUACAAAAAUAAUCCUGUAAAGACAAUAAAAACAAAUGUGAGGGCAAGCGUGUUGCUGAGACCUUGAUGUUUGACUAUCAUCGGCAACAUGGGAUAGGCCGUUUCCUUGCUGAGCUGACAAAGCAAGUGUUUUCUGAUCUUUCUGCCAGUAAAUAUCAGAUGGCUGAGCAAAGAAUAACAAAAUAUGGCAAGAAGCAAAGUGAGUGGGACCAAAUGGCUAGUUGGAUAGUGAACAAUGAAUUGUACAGUGAGAAUGUUGUAUGGUUGAUACAGGUUCUUUGCAUUAUAAUCUCUGUGUUCGAUCUGUGGCAUUUGUCUUCCUCUUACCAUAAGCUCUAUCUACUGUGUUUUGAUUCCAGGUUCAAGAUGCAUCCAGUGGCCAUGAAAUUAGAAGGGAGUCCAUAGGAGGAGGAGUUCAUCCAGAUUCAACUAGUGAUCAAGAAAUUGAGCACGCUCCAGUACUCACCAAGCCCUCUAGUUAAUGAUAAAUAGUAUUGUGGUCAAGUCUGCUUUUGAACAAUAUUAAGCUUGGGAAUGUUUCUUCCAGAGUUUCAGUUAUCUAGUAUGGUAGAUUCUUAGUAGAUUCUUAUAAUUAUGAAAGACUCUGGUUUGUUUGGUUAAUUUCAAUUUGUACUUGGUAAUGAAAUAUAACUUGGCACUUAUCAGUUGUGAGAUAGCUAUGAAUGAAAGGAUUAUUUUGG